UUGUUGAUAACGCGAUACCAGGUUGUGAAUGAGCGUUGGGGUACUCGGAAGCGUGGCUUACUCCAGUGCGGUGUUUACGUAGAGUCCGGAAGUGUGGUUUCAUUUACGAUUCGGAACGUAGGACGGAGACUGCAUCUAGAGAUACAGAUUCCCAACGGAUUUGACGACGGUGUUUGAUCUUGAAUGGAAUUGUAGUUUCAGGCCAGUCAUAGGUUUCUGAACACGAUAGUAGGUAUCCGGAGUCGAUUGAGGACCAGAGCAGGAACCAGGGUUCGGAUCCUGGGCAAAGUUCCCCACCUUGAGGGUCCCGAGGACGCCUAGAUCUCUUUCCCAGGACUAUGGCGAACCCGAAGCAGCUGGCACUGGAGCUAAGCGAGGCGGAGACGAUGGGUGCUGAUUCGGCGCGAUUUGAGGAGCUGCUGUUGCAGGCCUCUAAGGAGCUCCAGCAAGCCCAGACAACCAGACCGGAAUCGACACAAAUCCAGCCUCAGCCUGGUGAGAAAGAACACCCGGAGAGAGAGGGACAGGAGACAGAGGGGAAAAAGGAAAGAGACAUGAAAAUAAAGGCCUGGGGUAGUGGUGGGGUGAACAGACACCACCAGACAUCACCCUGGGACAGAAAGGAGGUAGGGGACAGGAAUCGGAGAUCUUUCUGGGACCAAGCUCUAGGCAGUGCCCCGGGGAUAUCAAAUGCGGAUUCUAUGUUCCAGAAACUCCGUGUCACGGCUUCGAGCUCCCGCUUCCUGAUGUCUCUCUGUCUCUGCUUCUUGCGGCUGCUGUCCCUGCAUGUCUCUUCCCUGUCUGGGUCUGGGCUAUGGGCUUUCUGCAUAGGGCUGGGGGGGUCUCACCCCCUUUUUCUCCCCGCAGAAGGCCAGGGCUGUACCGCUUACGACGUAGCUGUCAACAGCGACUUCUACCGGAGGAUGCAGAACAGCGAUUUCUUGCGGGAGCUCGUGAUCACCAUCGCGAGAGAGGGCCUUGAGGACAAAUACAACUUGCAGCUGAACCCGGAAUGGCGCAUGAUGAAGAACCGGCCAUUCAUGGGCUCCAUCUCGCAGCAGAACAUCCGCUCGCGGCAGCGUCCUCGGAUCCAGGAGCUGGGAGACCUAUACACGUCCACCCCCGGGGGAGCUGAGUCAGGCCCUGAAAAGCCUCACCUGAGCCUGUGGCUGGAAGCUCCUGACCUCCUCUUGGCCGAAAUUGACCUCCCCAAACUGGAUGGAGCCCUGGGGCUGUCGCUGGAGAUCGGGGAGAACCGCUUGGUGAUGGGGGGCCCCCAGCAGCUGUAUCAUCUGGAUGCCUACAUCCCACUGCGGAUCAACUCUGACGAGAGCAAGGCAGCGUUCCAUUGGAAGAGAAAGCAACUGAUGGUGGCCAUGCCGCUUCUGUCGCUGCCUUCUUGAUCAGGGUGUCUCCCUGUGCUUCCAAGAUGUGAAGAGGCUGCUGGCUUUCCUAAAGUUGAAAUAAAAGAAAUUUUUGCCUUUGU